UGAUGCCAUAUUCAGAUGCGGCCAGCUGUGAACUGGAAGAGCUACAAAGAUGUUCCUACAGAUAGCCUGCCUCGGCAUUUUUGGCAUUUUUCAACUCAUAUCAGCAGGUACGAGCUUGGUAGCCGUGGUCUCCACAGACGUGGUGCUGCCCUGCACAUUCCCACCAGCCACUCUGCUGGAGAUUGUGCUGCACUGGAUGUACAGUGUGGGCCAAAGCACCCAGGUGGUGCACAGCUUUUACCGAGGAGCAGAUCAGCUGGGUAAACAGGACCCACACUACGAGGGAAGGACGGGACUUUUCCACCGUGAGAUAGCGAGAGGGAAUGCGUCGCUCCGUCUGAUGGCCGUCAACAUCCACGACGAGAGAUUGUACCAGUGUUACGUCAGCACCUUGAGAGGGAACGUGGAGACCAACGUCAACCUGCAAGUGGCUGGUGACAGUAAGAACCUGACACUUUUGCCCCCAAACACACUGAGUGUUGAGGUCAACAUCUCCUGUGGUGUGACCGGUGCUUAUCCACAGCCGUUAAUAACAUGGCGAGAUGAGAAUGGGAUCGACCUCACUAAUAAUGCAACAUCAAGUAACACUAAUGACUCGCAAGGUCUUUACAACGUGGAAAGCAUUCUGAAGACUGAUUAUACGUCAAGGACAAUGUACGAGUGCACCAUAAGGAAUGAACGAUUGCAAAAGUCAUGGACUGCAUCCUGGAAAAUGCAAGGCACAUUGAAAGAAAAUAAGAUUCAUCCUGCCGCCAUUCAUUGCCAAUAUCCCCCUAACAAUGAUCAAGAUUUGACAAUUAUAUGGAGGUUUAGGAACUCAGAAACCUCUUCCUUGGCAGUAAUGUGUGAAUCAACGCCGCAGAAAGCCGGUGAGAGUUCAGGUUGUAAGAAAGAGCGAAUGGAAGUGAUAAACACCAAGAACUCUUCCACACUUCAACUGGGCCGUGCAAUGAAGGAGGAUGCUGGAGAAUAUAUCUGUGAAAUCAGGACCCGAGAUGUGUUGCAAAUAUUCACCUACGUACUACAAAUAGACCCGGCAGCAUUUGAGGAAAGUCACAAACGCACGCAUUAUGGAUUUGUUGCUGUCUUGGCAAUGGUGGCUUUGCUGAUCAUCUGUAUUCUAAUCAUAAUCUGUUGCAAAAAUUCUCAGAGGAGUUAGCACAGACCUUUUGCAACAGAAGGGUUCACGCAGUUACAAUUAUAGCAUUAUCAAACCUGGAACAAAUGUGAUGUGUAAAGUGUCUUUCCAUUUAUACUGGAGU